AUGGCAUCUCCUCUUAAGAAAUCUCCUGCCGUCUCCGUCACUCGAAGAAAUCCUCAUUGUUUGUCGGAGCUUCUGCUAGAUCUCAUGCAAUCGGUAUUUGAACGCCUUGGCUUCACCGAUUUUGAGCGAGCGAAAUCGGUCUGUUCAUCUUGGCAAUCCGGGACGAGACAGUCUCAGCCAAACAAUCAGAUCCCUUGGAUGAUUCUGUUCCCGGAGGACAAGAACUACUGUCUCUUGUUCAAUCCCGAAGACAAAGAAAAGGUGCACAAAACUCAACACCUCGGCGACGACUUUGCAAAGAGUGUGUGUUGCAAGACUUAUAGAAGCUGGCUCUUGAUGGAAACUUAUCACAGAGGAGACAGAGAAGACGACGUCUAUAUUUUGAACAUUCUCACGCACGAGAGGAUCAAUCUACCGACAUGCAAAUCACGCUUCUUCAUCAGGCAUCGGAUAUUAUGGAUAGACGAAGAAACCAAAGACUACCUUGUUGUAGGGGUUGUUGAUGAUGAGAAAGUGGUGUCCAUCAAGAAAGGAGAUAACUCGUGGAAAGAGAUCAUCCUGUUUCCAGGUAUUGAGCGCUGGCCUAUGGAAUUAGAAGAAGAAAUCCCUAGUUGGUAUACAAAGAUGACAAACUCUUUUGUCUCAACUUUAACAAACUCCAUAUUUUCGAUUUCUCCGGAGAUACUCCGCUGCUAG